UCCACCAUUUAGCCCCACUUUACAUUUCAUAUCUCCAUCAUUUCCUAGUGUGCUCGUGCACCCCAUUUCUUUUUUCAACCUUCUUUUCUCUUUAGCUUUCUGAAUAAGUUUUGGGCUAUAUUGGCAAUGGCAACUGGGACAGGAUCACCUUGUGGUGCAUGCAAAUUUCUGCGGCGAAAGUGUGCUGUUGAUUGUAUUUUUGCACCUUAUUUUUGUUCAGAAGAAGGUCCUGCUAAAUUUGCUGCAAUUCACAAAGUGUUUGGAGCAAGUAAUGUGUCUAAAUUGUUGUUGCAUGUUCCUGUUGCUGAUCGUUCUGAUGCUGUUGUCACCAUUGCUUAUGAAGCUCAAGCUAGGAUUAAAGAUCCUGUCUAUGGUUGUGUUGCCAACAUCUUCGCUUUACAACAACAGGUAGCAUACUUGCAGGCUCAACUAAUGCAAGUGAAGGCUCAGCUAGCUCAAAGCUUCAUCAAUUCAAGCAAUUCAUAUAAUCCUCAAUGGAGCAACAAUAAUAUGGCAUCAAUUAGUGGACUAAUGACAUCGUCAUUUCCAGCUAAUAAUCCAACUUAUAAUAAUGUGAAGUCCAACUCAUCACCACAAAGCUCACUGGAAUCUGCUGAUAAUUGCACUGAUAUUGGGAUGAAUAUACAAGAUAUACAAAGCCUAGACCAACUCUUGUAUCAAACAUAUACUAGUAGUAGUAGGAAUAUUGGCUUUUAGGAUGAUGAAAAGCUGAGUCUUCUUUUGUUUAUAAUUUAGUGGACAAAAUUACUUGGCCGGCGCCUAUAUUAAUAGGUGGUACAUAGCUCAUAAUCGGUGAAAUAGUUAAAGUGCGCGCAAAUUGAAUUUGGCACGACCGUUAUACCCAAGAAAAACUAUCGUGUUCUCUCUUUGAUCAAAUUCCUCCCUCUAUCAUUUGUAUGUAGACUUAAGAGAGAGAGAAAACCUUGACAAAGAAAAUGGAAAAAAAUCCAUUUUAUGUUACCAAAGCCUAAUGAGGCAUUUUUCCUGGAGCAGGUUAUGAAUGGGCUAAACUUUCCUUCUCA